CUACUUUUUUGGAAAAUAAAUAGUGUUGCUGAUUUUCUUGCUUUAUUUUCUCAAAUAUCAAAGUGGCCUACUUAAAUGACUUAAUUAUAACUGACUUGAAAUGGACGAUGAAGAAGAAGGAGAAGGUAAAGGAGAAGGAGAGGGCGAGGAAGUAUAUCCAUAUGGGGAAUAUGAAGGCGGAAGGGACGAGAAUUUAGACAGACACGGAUGGGGGAGCGCUUUACUUCCUAAUGGCGAUAUUUACGAAGGAGAAUAUCGUCAUGGGAAACGUAUGGGGAAAGGUUUAUAUUGUUUCCGCAAUGGAGCACGGUAUAAUGGAGAAUGGAGGAAAGGUUUAAAACAUGGUCAGGGUGAAUUUAUCUACCCCGAUGGGGCACGCUAUAUUGGUCAUUGGAGAAAAGACUUCAAGCAUGGUCAAGGUUCUUAUUACUACCCUAAUGGGGACACUUAUGAAGGGGCAUGGUUUCGAGGAUUUCGUCACGGUUUAGGAACUUACACUUACAAAAAGAUUAACAUAACUCACUUCGGGAUGUGGAAUAACGGUAGAAUGGAAGGCUCCGGAAUAAUAAACUAUCCGCGGUACAGAUUUCAUGGGAUAUUCGAUAAAAAUUUACCCAUUGGACCUGGUUGUUUCACAUUUGAAAAUAAAUACAUGCAACACGGUUUUUAUAUAAACGUUCGAGAUCCAGCUUUUGAUUAUAUAGGUGCAGAGGAACUUGUUUUGUCAGAAGAACGAAGGCAAACUGAGGGUUUAGAUGAGGAAGAAGACAGAUCAACACCUAAAGGAAUUGUUCCAAUUUGGAGGGCCCGAUGUGUAACUACAUUCCAACCGGAAUUACUUCCGCCGGAACCUCAGCCGUGGCUUUAUAAAGACUCUGAAGAUUCUCUACUUGAUAUUAUAGAAUAUUUACAACAACAAUACGAAAUCGGCGGUUAUGGAGAGGAAGAGGAAGGAAAAUUACCCAAAAUGCUAGAAGGAGGGGACGAGAAAAAGGAUGCUUCUCCUGAGAUCCCCAAUGUAUAAGAAAUACAGGGACGUUUUCGAAUGAUCUUUAUAAUUUGCUUGAUU